AUGGCUGAAAGAGACGAACAGUCACCAACAAUCGAGAAAGAUAACAACGACGCCGAUGCCAACCCUGCGCGUCGGCACAGUCUCAGGGGGCUCAGGCAUGGAAACAGACACCACCAAAAGGUCAAGUUCUCCGACGUUGCUGACGAUGCGGGAGAGUCUCUCGUCGGGAUCAGCACGCACGGGAUUGUCCCAACAAUUCGCUUGCCUGAUUCUGAAGACGUUGCCGACCACGGUCUUCCGGCCUCGGAUUGGGCUGGCAUCACAAAUGCUGCCGCCGCUGAAGCUCAGGUCCGCGCCAGUCGCCUGGCCAAUACACUAAGCCAUUCUCAUGCACAACCGAGACCACAUUCAGGAAUUCUUAUUUCUCAAAGCACGACUCCUCAAACGUUAGCAUCUCCGAACUCGUCUCCCCCUUCGAAGCCAUUGAGUGACUGGCUUAUUACUGAAGAUGAUAUCCCCUUAGAACCACUCGAGAAGGACAAACGACCCUAUGCGUUACACGAUGUCCCGAGUGACGACGACACGGACAACGACGAUCCCAAAGCCCUGCACCAAAGCAACGAGAAUGUUGAGGAAGCAAGACGGCUCAUUAGGACACUGACAAGCGGUCAUGGUGCGACAGCGUGGCAAGAGGAGUCACGAUCGGGAACAGAGACGCCCGCAGUUGACAAGCGCCUUCAUGAUUUGGAUUAUGUUCCCCCUCCAGACCAAUAUCGUCCUAGUGUCUUUGGCGCCCUUCUUGCCUCGAAAUUGGCACAUUUACAACGGAAUGGAGUUACUUAUCCCACCUAUCACGAUGACCACGCUUCACAAGCGCCCAACAAGUCCUCUCCAAAAGGCUUCUAUUCCAAAAGCCAUUCUCGUGCAGGUUCUGAGAGCCGGGAUCUCUCUACGCCAUCAUCUGGAAGGGCUACGCCCUCUAAAAGACCGAAGUGGUAUGAUAAAGACAGUCAUGAACGCCAAUCAACAGGGUCUCUGGCAACCUUGUUGGCUCAAGCAUCCACGACCUCGACAGCAGCGGCUGCGCCUCAAACCAGCAACUACGUGCCUCGUCCACCGUUACAUCAUGCAAAGUCCUCUAAUAGCAUGAUUGCCACAGCAGUGGACAUGAUCAAACAUCCCGCAAACUAUUUCCAUCACAAAUCCACGCAGUCCCUGGUAGAUGAGGAGCGCGUCAUCCUGGAUGUCGCCGACAUCAUCGCUUGUCGAAAGUACCUGAAGAAACUAGCUAGAUGUCUGAUGGCGGUAGGAGCACCAACUCAUCGUCUCGAGGAAUAUAUGAAGACCUCCGCGCGAGCACUCAAUAUCGAUGGCGAUUUUCUCUAUAUGCCAGGCUCGAUGCUGGUCUCGCUCAACGACAGAGUCACCAUGAGCACAGAAGUCACUCUGGUGAAGGAGUCGCAGAAUGUGGAUCUUGGAAAGUUCAAAGACGUCUUUGACGUGUACAAGCUGGUCAUUCACGGCAAAUACAGUGCUGAACAAGGGACGGCUGAUCUAGACGAUAUUAUGAAGAAGCGGGGACGACACUCUCUUCCGUUACGGAUUUUUGCAUACGGCGUCGCGGCCAUUGCGGUGGGCCCCUUUGCCUUUUCUGCCCGACCAGUUGACUUUGGUCCAAGUUUUAUCUUGGGAUGCACUUUGGGCUGGUUACAGCUUGUGGUGGUGACCCGGUCGGAGCAGUUCUCACACGUGUUCGAAAUACUUGCUUCCGUUCUCAUCUCUUUCGCGUCCCGUGGCCUGGGUUCUAUCUACCACAAAGGCACAGCUGUCUUCUGUUUCUCAGCCAUCGCGCAGAGUAGCAUAGCCCUAAUCCUGCCAGGGUACAUGGUGCUGUGCUCUGCUCUGGAAUUACAAAGCAAAAGCAUUGUUUCAGGGUCGGUCAGGAUGGUAUACGCCAUUAUAUAUUCACUGUUUCUCGGUUUUGGAAUCCUGAUCGGCACAGUCGUCAUGGGACUCAUCUAUCCUCAAGCACAAAGCGAUGUGACCUGCAACAUCCCGACCUGGUGGAACGAUUCCAAUCACGGACCUAAACUCUUAUAUGUCAGAUUCAUCUGGGUUCCGAUAUUCGCAAUAUGUCUUGCUAUCAUCAACCAAGCAAAGUGGAAGCAAAUACCAGUCAUGACUCUUAUCGCUUUUGUUGGCUAUCAGGCAAACUUCUGGAUCUCGACCAAACUUUCGAACAAUAUCCAGGUAGCCAAUGCGAUUGGCGCCUUUGCAAUUGGGACAAUGGCAAAUCUGUAUUCUCGCUUCUUUCAUGGUCUCGCCGCUGCCGCCAUGCUACCGGCGAUCUUCGUCCAGGUCCCUAGUGGAUUGGCCGCGAGCGGGAGCCUGGUGGCGGGCAUCACGAGUGCCGAUCAAAUCACCGGCAAUGUGACAGGAGUUAGUGUCAUCAACAACGGCACUGCGGGGUUCUUGGACGCCCAGAACAGUACAAGCAGUGCGAGUGUCUACGGCGGUACGAUUUUCAAUGUUGGGUAUGGAAUGGUUCAGGUGGCAAUCGGUAUUAGCGUUGGUCUUUAUUUGAGCGCUUUAAUUGUGUAUCCAUUUGGCAAGAGGAGGAGUGGACUAUUCAGCUUGUAA